AUGUCUACUAUUGCAAGCACGAUCAGAGAUGAAACAUUGGAAUCUAUCAGUGACUCUCAUUAUGUAUCAGUUAUGAUUGAUGGUGCCACUGACAGCUCUGUAUUAUACAUUCUUUUCUCAAUUCUCCUUCGGCCUUCUUCAUCUUCUCUCUCCUUUUUCCCCCCAUUUUCCUGCAUUUUUUCUUCCCCCUCUUUCCUUUCAUUCUCUCGGAUUCCUUCUGCUUCCUCCUCAUCCCUUUCUUUCCAUUCUCCUACUAUCCAUUUUCCUCUACCUCCUCCUCAUUUUAUAUUCUCUUUCCCCUUCCUUUCUGACCUUCUCUUCUUCUCCUUUCUUUUUACUUUUCAUCUUUUUUCUCUUUAUUCCAUUCUCUUUCUGCCUUCUUUCUUCUGUUUCUCCCUCCUUUUUCUUUCCACUCUCUACCUUUUUCUUACUCUUCUCUCCUCCUUUCUUUUCAUCUUUUUUUAUUACUCACUUUCUCCUUUCUAUUCUCACUCAUUCAUUUUUCUUAUCCCUUUUCUUUUCCCUCUUCUACCGUUUCUUUGUUAUCUUUCCUUUUCCAUUUCAUUAUCCUCCAUCUUUCCUUUCUCCCCUUCUCUUAUCUCUUCCUCUCUGUCAUGUGUAUGUAUAUGUUUACUCUCUCUUCAUCUCUCAUUCUUUUUAUUUUCACAUCUUUUCUUCUACUCCUUUACAUCUGCACCCCACCUCAACCCCAAUAACUUUGCAACAAUGCAACUCCUCAAUGUCACCGAAAUAAAUAAAAAGUAA